AUGGACAGUAAGCUAACUAAUGACUACUUUAUACACUUACGUUUAACAGACAUAUUAAACAUGCAUGAGAUUUAAUCUAUUCUUCUUAAGUUUUGGCAUCUCGCGUACAGAUAUGAUCCGAAUAAAAGUGGAUUAGCAAGCAAAAUUACUUUUUCAAAUUGUUUCAUAUAUGAAAUGAAUGUCGAUGCAUACAAAUAGUUUUUAAAUUGUAUCAAUGAAUCCUUGAAAUUUAUUAUUAAUUAUAAAAAUUUUGGUCUGAUAGCUAAUUAUCUUAACACAACAAAUCCAAAGCAAGUAUCUUAUGAAACAUUCGGCCUACAUAUCCUAUAACUCUUUGGGAGCCUCAUAAAAUCAUUAAAUGAAAGCUAGUUGCUUACUAUUUUGAGAAGAGUUUAUUUUGCUAUUUCGUCAUUUGAUACUCUUGGUAAAGCUUAAGUGUUAAAUAUACAAGAUAUAAGACCAAUUUAGAUUCAUGAUAUUAUCAAUUUUUAGCUUCCUGUAAGAAGUAAGUAAAACCUAAUGACUCCUACAAAGGCUCAUGAUGAAAACGAAGAGCAUUUACCUUCAUUACUUGACUCAUCUCAAAGAUCGAAUACAAAUGCAAAUUUUUCAAGUUAAAAAAGAUAAUAAUAAUAGUACAAAUAAAAAAGCUACAAUUUAAGUUAAAAUAAAUACUUUGAUAAUAUGGAAAAUCAGAUACAGAAUAUAAAAGAUGUCUCUUAAGAAGAUGUUAACACUUUAGAUGAUUUUAAUAUAAAAACAAAUCAAUAAGUUAUUAAAUAAGAUAAUGUUUACCAGCAACCCAUAAAUCAUAUUUAAUAAAAAUCUAGAAAUUAAAUAUAAUCACCAUCACAAUAUAAUUAAAUAACUCUCUCUAAUUAAAGUAGCAACUUUUAAGAACUAUUUUAGCCUUAUCAUAUGAGAUUAUAACCUUUAAAAAAAAAUUAAAUCUAAGUACAGUAAGAAGGAACAGCAUAAUAAAAUAACCACUCCAGUAUGAAUGAAUAAAAAGAGUAUAAGCGAAGAAGCAUAAGCUAUAACAAUACAAAUAGUUGGGGAAACACUACGAUGAAAGAAAGGUUUGAUAAAAAACUCAAAGCAAUUCAAGAAAAUGAUAAAAUUAGAAAAGAAUUGAAUAAUAGCUUUUCUGCCUGCUAUCCUUGUGAAGAAAAAAUGAAAAACUAAAAAAAGGCUAAUUUAUCUUCGUUUGUAUUAGGAGGUUAUGACAUUAUUGAUUACUCUGAUACUAUUAAUAAGUUACAUAGAAAGUUACUCAGAAAAAUAAUUUUAAAUCGUUGA